AUGGUCACCCAAUUCUUUUUACUCAUUCUUUCUCUUCCUAUGGAAAACUUUCAUUUCUUUUUUUUCUCAUUUUUUCUUCUUUGCUGUUCUAUUCUUUCUAUGCUUCUCUUUUGUCGGCUCUCCAUCUAUUCCUUCUUUCUUUCUUUCUUUUUUCUUCAUUCUUCUUUUUCCCUUCUUGUCUUUCUCUUUAGUUUUCUCUUCACUCUAUUCUUCUUUCUUUCCAUUUCUUCUUUGCCUUUCUAUUUUUCUUUCCUUCUCUUUUGUCUGUUUCCCCUCUAUUCUUUCUUGCAUUUUUCCUUCCUCCUCUUCUUUGUACUUCUAUUCUUUCUCUCUCAUUUCUCUUCUCUUCUUUCUGCUUCUAUUCUUUCUCUUUCACUUCCUUUCUCUUCUUUCUUCCUUUGCACUUCUAUUCUUUCCCUCUUUCUUUCACUUCCUUUCUCUCCUGUCUCUUUAGUUUGUCCUUCCAUCUAG